AUGCCAUGGCACAUGGCGACUCUGUGCCCCGGGCAGAGGAGUCCCAAAGGUAUAGUGUCACCAGGUCUUGAGAAGUUCACAGGAAAUGGAAUUAUCCGAGCAGCCUUCUCUCUACCUCGUGUGAGCUACUCGGUCUUCGUGACACUCCAGGCCCAUGUUUCCUUCCCCUGCCUCCCGAUGCCGCAGCUGCUCCCCAGUCGACCCCUGGAGCUGAGCGCUGAGGCUGAGGACAAACACUUAGGUCUGGGGACCCAGGAGGGCCUGCACACCUUGGAGGAAGCCCACGCAGCCAGAGCAGGAAUACUCGCGGAGAUCUUGUCACUGCAUGGCACUGACGCGUCGCUGUCCUCAGCCAGUCAGCCCUCGCCAGGCCACCGGUGCCUCAGACCAUCAGACGAGACCGCCGAUGCAGACACCUCCUCCUGCCUCGUGGAGGCGGCUGCCUGGUCCUGCGUCUGCUGGCAUGCCCGGCCAGUGCCCAAAGCAGGCCAGGCUGCUGGGGACUUAGUGUGCCGGGAGCAGCCUCGAGGGCAAACCAGACUUGGUGAGGGAGUGCGGCUCUGUACCCAGCAGGAGCAGGAGCAGGAGCAGGAGGCCUGUCUGACCUCCAUCUCCCAGAGGAUCCUGACUGCAGGUGCGAACCCCAUCGCCCACACCAGACUUUCCGGCCACGCGGGGUUGCCAGCCUCCUGCGGGAGGAAGCUCUGCAGCCGCGGGAGCAGGUGCGUGCUCGGCGAGGAGACGGGAGAGCCCGAGUGCCGCUGCCUGGAGGCGUGCAGGCCCACCUACCUGCCUGUGUGUGGGUCCGAUGGGAGGUUUUAUGAAAACCACUGCGAGCUGCACCGUGCUGCUUGCCUGCUGGGGAAGAGGAUCGUCGUCGUCCACAGCAAGGACUGCUUCCUCAAAGGUGACACGUGCACCAUGGCAGGGUAUGCCCGCCUGAAGAACGUUCUUCUGGCACUCCAGAGCCACCUACAACCUCUCCAUGACGGGGACAGCAGACUAGAACCCGUGUCCCAGAAGCGCCUCCUCGUGGAAUCUCUGUUCAAGGACUUGGACGCAGAUGGCAACGGCCUCCUCAGCAGCUCUGAGCUGGCCCAGCACGUGCUGAAAGAGCAGGACCUGGAUGAGGACUUACUCGGUUGCUCGCCAGGUGACCUCCUUCGAUUUGAUGACUACAACAGUGACAGCUCCCUGACCCUCCGCGAGUUCUUCACAGCCUUCCAGGUGGUUCAGCUCAGCCUCGCCCCCGAGGACAGGGUCAGUGUGACCACCGUGACCGUGGGGCUGAGCACGGUGCUGACCUGUGCCAUACGUGGAGACCUGAGGCCGCCAAUCGUCUGGAAGCGCAACGGGCUCACCCUGAACUUCCUGGACUUGGAAGACAUCAAUGACUUCGGAGAAGACGACUCCCUGUACAUCACCAAGGUGACCACCGUCCACAUGGGCAACUACACCUGCCACGCCUCGGGCCACGAGGAGCUGUUCCAGACCCACGUCCUGCAGGUGAAUGUGCCACCAGUCAUUCGCGUCUACCCAGAGACCCAAGCCCAGGAACCCGGGGUGGCAGCCAGCCUGCGAUGCCAUGCGGAGGGCAUUCCUAUGCCCAGAAUCACUUGGCUGAAAAAUGGCAUGGAUGUCUCAGCCCAGAUGUCUAAACAGCUCUCCCUCUUAGCUAAUGGGAGCGAACUCCACAUCGCCAGUGUUCGGUAUGAAGACACGGGGGCUUACACCUGCAUUGCCAAAAACGAAGUGGGCGUGGAUGAAGAUAUCUCCUCACUCUUCAUUGAAGACUCAGCUAGAAAGACCCUUGCAAACAUCCUGUGGCGAGAGGAAGGCCUCAGCGUGGGAAACAUGUUCUACGUCUUCUCCGACAACGGCAUCGCCGUCAUCCACCCCGUGGACUGUGAGAUCCAGCGGCACCUCAAACCCACCGAGAAGAUUUUCAUGAGCUACGAAGAAAUCUGCCCUCAAGAAGAAGGAAACGCCACCCAGCCAUGCCAGUGGGCCUCUGCUGUCAACGUCAGGAACCGGUACAUCUAUGUGGCCCAGCCAGCACUAAGCAGAGUCCUCGUGGUCGACGUUCAAGCCCAAAAGGUCCUACAGUCCAUAGGUGUGGACCCUCUGCCGGCUAAGCUGUCCUAUGACAAGUCGCAUGACCAAGUGUGGGUCCUGAGCUGGGGGGAUGUGCACAAGUCUCGACCAAGCCUUCAGGUGAUCACAGAGGCCAGCGCCGGCCAGGGCCAGCACCUCCUCCGCACACCCUUUGCAGGAGUGGACGACUUCUUCAUCCCCCCGACAAACCUUAUCAUCAACCACAUCAGGUUUGGCUUCAUCUUCAACAAGUCUGACCCUGCAGUCCACAAAGUAGACCUGGAAACAUUGCUGCCCCUCAAGACCAUCGGCCUGCAGCGCCACAGCUGCGUGCCCCAGGCCAUGGCACACACUCACCUUGGCGGCUACUUCUUUGUCCAGUGUCGACAGGACAAUGCCACGUCUGCCACCCCGCAGCUGCUCAUCGACAGUGUCACCGACGCCGUGGUUGGCCCCAACGGGGAUGUAACUGGCACCCCACACGCAUCCCCUGAUGGGCGCUUCAUAGUCAGCACCGCAGCCAACAGCCCCCAACUGCACGUGCAGGAGGUCACAACCCGGGGGGAGAUCCAGACCCUGUACAACCUGAAAAUAAGCCCCGGCAUCUCAGACUUGGCCUUCCAGCGCUCCUUCUCCAAGGGCAACCAGUACGACCUCUAUGCCACUCUGGAGACAGAGCCAGACCUGCUCUUCCUGGAGCUGCCCACGGGAAAGGUGGGCAUGCUGAAGAACUUGAAGGAGCCGCCCACAGGGCCUGCCCAGCCCUGGGGGCCACCCCGCAGACUCGUGAGGGACAGCGGGCUGUUUGGACAGUACCUCCUCACGCCAGCCCAAGAGUCGCUGUUCCUCAUCAACGGGAGACAAAACGCACUGCGGUGUGAGGUGUCAGGCAUAAAGAGGGGGACCACAGUGGUGUGGGUGGGUGAGGUAUGAAGGAGCCCAACGCGGAGCCCAGAGUGGAGCCCUGGGCCGAGGAGCACCACCCGAUCCUGACACUGCAGCCCCCAGCAGGCGCGCUGUACAUUUUUACAGACAAAAGCAAAAACCCGUCUUCGCUUUGUGGUUCCACACUGGUCUCCUUGCAAGUUUCCUCAUAUAAGGUAUGCGCUGCUGCCGAGAUUGGGGUUUUUUGGUUCGGAAGUAUGAUUUACGCCUUGCGCUCCGAUGAGAACACAUGCUGCCGUGUAAAGGAAUCAUUUCUGUGCCCAGCUGCACGCCUCGUACCUGGGGACGCCGUGGAACAAGAGCUCCGCCUUCCGGGCUGACUCUCCGGUCGGUGGCCUUCACACGCUCAUCGUCCUUUACCGCCAGAUCCAGCCAGACUUCACCUAAGGAGCAGCCCGGAAGCAGAGGCAGACCAGGAGCAGGGGCUCGCCCUCCUGUCUGAAAGCCCACCUGCCCUCGCUCAGGCCCUCAUAUUCCCCUUUGCAGCUGCUGCUUGCUUUUCUUUCCAUUUGACUUGUUAGCCUGAGCGAGCGCCAACGAGACUUGUUGCAUCUUGGGGGGGGUGGGGAAAUCACUCACUUUAUUUUGGAAAUUUUUGAUUAAAAAGUAAUUUUUUAUAAUCUCAAAUGCUAGUAAGCAGAAAGAUGCUCUCGAGGUCCAGCUGUAUUCUCCCCUGCCUUAGGCCAAGUCUCUGGGGUCACGACCCCGCAUUCCACAGCCAGAAAGGACAGUGGUCAUCUGAGAACACUGGCCCUCUACACUAUUGCCACCCCCGUUUCUCUAAGUGCAGAUCAGGCCACUACGUUGGUAGGACUCGAUUCUGUGCUGGGACCCUGAGAGACCAGGAUGAGCCCCGUGUACCUGCUUUUCACCACGGAAGAGGACAUCUCAUUAGGCUCAGGGCACAGUGGGCUUGCCUGGCAAGGUGUAGACAGCCUCCAGGCUCAAGGCAGACACCCCCAGGGAUGAGGGUAGUGUCCAGGCAGGCUCCUGGGGUCAUACCUUUUAAAAACAGAAUCCUUUUCUGCCUGUGGCCUGUCCAUGCAGCUCUGGCACCGCAGCCCCCACCAGCACUGCUCAGACCACGCACCGCAGCAAGGGUUUUCUGCACGCACGCCCAAUUACACACGCUCGGAAACU